CUAACCGAGUCCGAGGAAAACAACAGCGGAAGAGCGAUUUGACAAUCUGAAGAAUAUUUUUUAUUGUAGAGCCAUUUACAGCACGUUUUCAAACUUAUGACUGCGAUCUGACAGUCCCUCGCGACCAUGGCCAACAAGAAGAAAGUUAUUGUCACGGGGUUUGAGCCCUUUGGAGAACAUGCGGUGAAUGCCAGCUGGGUGGCGGUGCAGGAGCUGGAUCGAAUAGGUCUGGGCGAGGACAUAGACCUCUUUGUGUGUGAAGUGCCAGUGGAAUACCAGGCUGUCCAGACUCUACUGCCUUCAAUGUGGGAACAGCACCAGCCACGGUUAGUGGUCCACGUGGGCGUCUCUGGUCUGGCCAAGGCUGUGACGCUGGAGCAGUGUGGGCACAAUAAGGGCUACAGGCGGCUGGAUAACUGCUGCUUCUCCCCGGAGUCUGAGUGUUGUAUCGAGGACGGGCCUGAGUGCAUCAGCUCCGUGUUGGACAUGGAGGCCGUGUGCAAACGUGUCAGUGAGGCUGGAGGCGGGGCUAAAGUGACAGUGUCCAAGGACGCGGGCAGGUACCUCUGUGACUACACCUACUACACCUCUCUGUUUGUGGGGAACGGCCGUGCAGCCUUUAUUCAUGUACCGCCUCUGGGGAAACCCUACAGCAGUGAGGAGCUGGGCCACGCUCUGCGCACCAUCAUCAUAGAGAUGCUCCGACAACUGGAGGGGGACCACGCGCAGGCACACUGCAACCACAAGGGGCACCACUGAGGCCUCAUGCUCCUGGGUUACAGAGCUCAACAGUCCCGCCCACUUUGAAGGCCGCUCAGGUUCCGUAAGUGAAUUUUAUGUUCAUUUUUUCUCAUAGACUUUUCCAAAAAUUCAAAUAUUAAAAGUCAAAAGGCAUUACGGAGGCUAACCAGCUAUGUGGUAACUAAUAACCAUAAGGCGCAGUGGUGGAAGAAGUACUUCUGGUACUUAAGUAAGAGUACAGAUACUGGAGCAAAAAAGACUAUAUAAUACAAUAUAAGUAAAAUCACAUGAAAAAUCUUCUUAAGUAAAAGUAGUAAAGCACCCGUUUAAAAAUAUUUAAACAGCAAAAAAUAUUUUGUGCAGAUUUUGAGGUCUUUAAAUGAAGUGAUUUUGAUACAGAAUUGUACUGAGGUUUGAGAAACAACUGAAUAGAUAUUUUUUUCUAACUGUUUUUAUUUAUUUUUGUUUGCUCAAAAUAUAAACGCGUUGAAAAUACACCCCCAGACUUUUCAGCAGGUCUCAGACUACCAUAAAAAAUGCUUUUACUUUUCAGUUCAGUUAAAAAAUGUAGUGGAGUAGAAAGUACAGAUACCUGCUCUCAAAUGCAGUCCAAGUAUAAAGUGUAGUUAUAUACUAUAUAGUAUAGUAAAAUGUAUACUUGAGUACAGUAAUUGACUAGUUUUACUCCGUUAUGUUCUGCCACUGAUAAUGUGGUUGUUUAAAGUCCAAAAAGCACAUUUAAAAUGCAACAUUCAGCAAAACGUAAUAACUUUGCACUGUAUAAAGAUAAAGAAACGGAUUUUAAAUAAAAGGUUAGGUCUUGUUGUCAUUACUUACCACAGAGCUGAUUAGCCCUGAGCUUUCAAACUUUUAAUAUUAUUUUUUUUCCAGAAAGUCUAUGGGAAAAAUUACUUCUGGAACCAGGGUGUGGGCGCUCACUGUUGAGCUCCAUUCAGUCCUUCACUAACAUUAUGGUAUAUAAGGUUUAUGUUGAAGAUUUAAGUUUGUGGCCACAGAAAACAACAUAACAUACAGAUUUGUUUUAUUUACCAUGAAGAUGCCAGUGUGAAUGGGAGAAACUAUAUGUUGCUUUCAAGUGAUGAUGGGUUAUUAUUGCCUAGGAUCCAGAAUACACACUUCAAUCUUCUACAAAGAUCUGAGUCUGGAAAUUCUGGAAAACCUGGAAAAUAAUUGGCAGAUAUGGAAAAUGUAAAAAAUAGAAAAAGGGCAAAAUGUAGAGACCUUUUGAGCAGUUGGGUUUGAAAAAAAUCAAACAAAAAAUGAUUUCAAGCAAAGUAUGAAAACCCUGUGAUGGGCGUGACUGACAGGUGACGGACAGGUGGAUUAGCCAAUUACUGACAUGCACCGUUUGUUAAUUAAAUUAGGGCCUAUGAUAAUUGGAAAUUAUUUUUUACAGAUUCAACAUUAAAGGGUCUGGAGACAAUUGUAUUUUUAAAGCAACUCUUAGGGUCAAAAUGAUACCACUAUGUGCUUUCUGUAUCUCAUUAUAAAGUGUUUUUGUCUUCCUCAAACCAGGAAGUAACACUGUUGUUGCGAGUAGUGUGGCGUGAUGGAAGUUAGGAAUAAUUCUGGACCUUUGCAAACUGUAAAAUUAGCUUUUUAGAAUCACUUACAGCUCCUUUAUUCAAAGCCAAAUUAUUAAUGCACUGGAAAGCAGCAUAUAUAAGAAAAUCAAAUAAAUAAUAAUAAUAAUAAUAAUAAUAUGUUUUCAAAUUGCAGACUAAUAAUAUCCUAUAUGUUGUAUUCCAGGUAUGUCAAAAGUAUUGAAAAUCAGAAACUACUAGAUACUCAUUUGAACACGUAAUAUAAAAGAAAGUACUCCCAUUUAAUAUUGAAAAUCACAUUUUUAUUUUCAUCAUGGUUUCAGAACCACGGUAUUAAGUAUUUAUUUAUUACUUAAUAUCAAAAUAGAAAAUUUUAAUAUCGUGACAAUAGUUAACACAUAAUAAUAGCAACACAUAGCUAGUUAGCCGAGAUGUCUUUAAACUUUUAAUAUUUGAAUUUUUGGAAAAGUCUAUGGGAAAAAUGAAUGGAAAAUUUACUUCCAGGACCAGAGUUGACUGUGGAGCUCUAUACUGUAUUGAGUUGAACAUCUGUUAAAUUGCACAUAAAAUAGUCUUUAUCAGACCAUAGUAAAUUUAAUUACCGGUAUAUUCACAGCUGCCACAGAAAAUCGAAUGACUCAUGAUUUACUCUGUAGCUUUUAACCAUUUGAAAGUGUCAUUUUUGUUUACAUGUAAUGAUUCAAUGUUUGAAUUGAUCUUUGUAGUUGACGUCGUUCUCUGGGGGUCUGAUGCUAACUGUAGAUUCAGACUAACUGUCUUAAAGUUUUUUUCUGUUUGCUAAUGUGUGCAUUGUGUCACCAUGGUGCCACAACUGGUGAACAUUGCACCUUAGAGAUACAUGUAGAACACCCCCAGCGUGAUGUCACUGCAAAGUAUCAAUAUUGUCCUUCCACUGUAUUAACAGAACCUCUCAAAAUAAUUAUAUUUUUUGUAUCUCAGGGAAAUAAACAUUGCCAAAUGAUCAGUGUUUGAUUACUGCACUACUGUAUUUAUUCUGCCUUUUCAGGCAUAGUUAUCUUCAAGCUCAAUCAAUAAACUGUACUAGUACUGAA